UAUGCCCAUUAUUUCGCGGAUGAAUAGCAAUCACGAAAUUUAGAGGGUUAACAUUACUGGCAAUUACAGCACCCCAUGCAACUUUUCCGGCUCGUUUUCUUCGAGUGUAUCUAAUAGCCAAUUAAACUGAAUGACCCUAAACCAGACCCACUGGCGGGUGAGCAAAUUAGCCCACGACAUUGGUCUAGGCAUUCCGGAGGCAUGGACUUGUAAUUGAAUUGGCCAUGCUGCCGAAGAUGCCGCUCCAGCUCCAGCGGGCUCCAAAUCGAUUGGGUGCACUGCUGGCCAGCGGAGGAUAUAAGUACAGGAGGCGAUUUGAGCCGGCUCACUGUGCACCGGCGGAAGCGAGCGAAAUGAAGCAUCUCCUGACUGCACUCGUGGCCCUGCUGAGCAUCUUGCCGCGGGGCGAGCUCCUGGGAUCAGGACCCCCCUGCCCGCGUCGCUAUCUGCGCAGGAUCAACGGCAAGUGCUACUACUUUUCGGUGAAAAAGAUGAACUGGUUUGGCGCCCUGAACAACUGCCUACGCAAAGGACUGACCCUGGCGGACUUGAGCAACCAAAGGGACUUCGAUGGAGCCAUUGGGUUCCUGAGUGGCCUGGGCAACACGGAGGACUUCUGGUUUGGGGGCAACGAUCUGUACCACGAGGGGCGCUUCCAGUACAUCAGCAACGGUCGGCUGGUGCGCUACUACAGCAACUACAGCAACGUGCUGCCCCUGGAGCACUCCGAGUGCGACGACUGUCUGGAGGUGAGGAUACGAUCCGAGAUCAAUAUGGUGUCGGCGGACAACUGCCACGAGCGACAGUACUUCAUCUGCUCGGAACGCUACUGCCAGGACACGGAUAGUGGCAAGAAGCCGAAGCACCACAGCCACGAGCACUUGCAUCACUUCCACCACGACAUUGGCGAAAGUGCCGAAGGCGAGGGAGAGGGCGAUGGCGAUGGCGACCACGACCGCCAGGACCCCAUUGCCAGUGGCUCAGUGGAGCACCCGGAGCCGGACUCGGAGGAUGCAGCCGGGGCGCUCGACGUGCCCGAUGAUGAUCAGCCUGAUCAGAAUGGCGUCUCGGUGACUCCGGGAGCGGAAGUAACAAAUACCGUUGACGGAACUGGUGAGCCGGGCGCAACUGCUGCCCCAGCCGCCGGAGCUGAAGCAGUUUCUCCAGCAGCAGAUGGAGCAGCACCCGCCGGAGCAGCUCCAGCUGCCGAAGGAGCCGCCACUCCGGCCGCCGACGGAGCCACGCCCGAACCCACACCCGCGCCAGGAGCAGAAGCCCCCGCCGCCGCAGCAGCCGAGACUCCGGCACCGCCAGCAGCCUGAUCUCCAGAACUUGCCCAGCUGAAUCCCACAACUAUUAUCGAUUAAAAAUAAAUGACAGCAAUAAUAUUACAAGU